AUGUCAGAAGAAAAUAUUUCAUCAACUACUACUAGUAGUAGCAACACAAGUGGUGAACAAAGAGGAAUCAAACAAAAAGUUGUAGAAUUUCUAAAUACAUUUAUUAAAAAGAGACCAUCACCAGAUGAUUUAAGAGAAAAGAAUAUUUUGGUGGCACCACCAAGUGUAUCACCUAGAAUACAACCAUCUAGAUAUGACUUGCAACAGAAUAUGAGUAAGCCAUCGGUCAUCAAUAGCAGUGCUCCCAAUUUAAAAACACAUAAUCGAUCAAAUAGUAAUUCAAGAGGUGGUAAAUCAAUGGCCAAUGGAGCUGCUGGUGGAGGUGGUGGAGGAGGAUUCAAGACUAAAUUAAUGGAUUAUUUCGAUUAUACAUUCUCAAAGAUGGUUGUUGGAAAGACUGUUGUUCAUCGUUUAAAAUUCCCUCAAUUUGGAAUAUCACCAGAAGAACUACAAGAAAUGUAUCCUGAUCAACAAAAUGGUAUUCCUGAAGUAUUAACAAAAGGAAUGCAAUAUUUAUCUGUUCGUACGUAUUUGGAAACUGAAGGAUUAUUUAGAGUGAAUGGAAGUAACAAAGAUAUUAGUAUGCUAAAAUUCAGAGUAGAGGAUGGUGAUUUAAAUUUUGAUGAUGUCAUGAACCCUUACAGUAUAUGUGGUUUAAUAUCAACCUUUUUCAAAGAGUUACCUGAACCUUUAAUACCUUGUGAAAACUAUUCCCAAGCAAUGGAAGCAGUUAAGGAAACUAAAAUAGAGGUGACAGUUGCUAAACUGAGACAGUUGGUAUUGUCUAUCCCACCAUCACACCUUUGUAUUUUAAGAAAGUUUAUGGAGUUUUUAACAUUGAUCGAGGGUCAUAAAGAGGUGAAUAAGAUGACAUCGGACAAUUUAGGUAUUAUAUUCGGUCCGACUUUAUUGCGUGAUCCAGACUUUGUAGAUAUUACAUCUGGGUUAAUGAACCUAAAGUAUCAGUCACAAUGCAUAAAAUACAUGGUCGAAUACUUUAACGACAUUUUCAAGAGUAGAGAGGUCACGGCAGCAUACCGCAAAUCAAUGGUUAUACGACCACCGGUUGACACGUCGUCAAUCGAUUAUCUCGAUCCUGCUUCAGACCAAAAGCCACGUUCCUCUAUCAAUUCACACGGUGUUCGUCGUCCCGUACCCCCACCUCGUCGCGGUGGCACUAUCAGUGUCUUUGACGACCAACCACAUAGCCGUCACUCUAAAAUAUAUGCAGUCACUACACUCACCCGUCCUCCCAAACCACCUCCACCACCCAAAAACUAUGGCACUGCUCCUGCUCUAACUAGUACCUCUACUACAUCUACAACAUCUACAACAUCCACAAUUCCCCCGUUUAAACCAACAGUCAAUAGAGCACCUGCUCCAACUAUGGUGGGAGGUGUGAAUAACAACAAUAAUAAUAAUAAUAAUAAUAAUAAUAAUAAUAAUAAUAAUACAAUGGUACAAUCACCAUCAUCACCCAUUCUCAAGAGAAUUGUCAAACCUCCACCACCUAAACGUAAUCCAGAAACUAUCGUUCCACCUACUGUAUCAACUAAUGUAAAUAAUAAUAAUAAUAAUAAUAAUAUAAAACCAACAACAACAGCUAAUGCUGGAUUGUUUGAUAAACCGCCCAACAAACCACCACCAGUUCCAAAUGAUUUAAAGUUUAAGACAUUGUCACCAGUUGUAUCACCAGCACCUGUUAAAAAGGUUGGAUUUGCAGUACCCGAUAAUACUACUACCCCUUCUUCGACGACAACUACCGCGACCACACCAACUAUACCAAAAAGAGUACAAUUUAAUGAUCCAAAAUCAUCAACUACACCACCACCAGCAUUACCAAGAUCACAAUCAUUUGGAGCAAGUACUAAACCAAUGCCAGCACCAAGAUCACUGUCAAAUGCUCCACCACCUUCAUCAGAUACCAAUAACAAGGCAAAGGUACUACCACCGCCGACACCAGUUGGAGUAGUAGGUAAAAUUACAGUGCCACCUAAAUUCCCACCAUCUUCACCAUCCUCUUCACCAAUUAGUACAUCACCAUUGGUAUCUACAAUCGAUGCCAAGAAUUCAUUUACAACCCAACGUACCAGCAAGAGUGAAUUGGAUUUAUCGAAAAUAUCAAAUAAUAGUAGUGGAAGUGGAGGCAGUAGUGGUAGUAUUGGUGGAAGCAGUAAUACAGGUGGUAGUGGUAGUGACUUUUUUGGUAAAAAGCUACCAUUACCCUCCUCGAGUGGCAGUGGGGAUGGACCAUCACCAACUUUCAAACCAUUAUUAAAUCAACCACUUAGAAUUCAACGUUCUCAAUCUCCCGAUGUAUCAAUUAAUAAUAAUAAUAAUAAUAAUAACACUCCGACAAAUAGUAAUAGUAAUAGUGGUAGUAGUCUUAUCAAACCAACUUUUAAAAAAUUUUGUUUGAAAUAUAGUAGGAGUAAUAGAAGAAUGAGUAAUAGUAAAAAGAAUCAACAACAACAACAACAACAAGAACAAGAUAAACCGACAACACCAUUCACAAGAGAAUCAUUCAAUCAAUUCUCAUACUUUACAAAUGAAUACUUUUAUCAACCAAACCCCUCCCUCCUCCUCCUCCUCUUCUUCUUCUUCAUUAGAAUCAAAGAAAAAGAUGAUGGUAUUAGCAACAACAAUAAUAAUAACAAUAACAACAACAACAACAAUCAUAGUUAUCAAUCCAUGGAUUUGGCAGGUGAUGAUCAUUUCCCUGAACCUACUACAGAGGAGAAGGAAAAGGAAAAGGAAAAGGAAAAGCCAGCGAUCACUACAAGUCCUUUAUUGAAACCAUCAACUUUGACAACUACAAGAAAACUACCUCCAACUCGUAGAACAACUAUGACUGUACCUAUUCCUUCACCUCAGUCGCCUGCAUCUAAAAAGCAACCGACACCUCAAUCUGUAAAUACAUCAACUACAACAACUACGACAAAUGAAUCUCAAGCAGAGUCUGAUACAAUGGCAUCGACAUCAACAUCUACAUCAACGACGAGUGGUGGUGUACAACCUCCACCUAUACAAGUUAUUAGCAAACCUAUUGCCAAUUUAAAGAAAAAGGUACCUGCAAAAAUGGCCGCAUCAACAAUUGUAGCACCUACUAUUAUUAGUAGUAGUAAUAGUAGUAAAACCGAUAUAUUAGAUGAAAUGUUAGAGAAUGAUCAUUUAUCAAAAGCUAGACUACAACAAUCACAAACGAUUUCAAAUGCAAAUAUCAAUAAUAAUAAUAAUAAUAAUACUAACAAUACACAACAAACAACAACAAUAACGACAACAACACUGCCAGCUAGUAGUACAUCAUCUGUAUCCUCUACAACGCCAUCACAAUUUAAUAACAAGUUUAAACAUUUUUAUCACUUUAUUGAAGAUGAUGUAGAGAAACAAUUAAAUGAUAUAUAUGGAGAAAGAUUAGAAAGAAUUAAAACAUAUCCAAGAUAUUAUAAACAAACACAGGCAUAUGAUAUGUCUACAUUCCAACCGAUUCAAGGUGAUCCUGUUCUAACUCACCGUGGAACGGUUUUACAAUUGGGUAAAUGUAUGGUCUUUGAUAGAAUACCUAUCAACACUGAAAUCAUUAGUACAAACAAGAAUUAUUACAAUAAUAAUAUUAAUAAUAAUAAUAAUACAAAUCAACAAUAUUGGACUAAAAAGACAAUUCCAACAUUAUCAAAUGAUCAAAAUAUAAUGGCAUUGGUUGAAAAGAGUAAUAUAGAUGUAGUAAUGUCAUCAUCUACAUUUAUUAAAUUAAUUAAUAAUCAUGCACCUUCAUUUGCUGAGGAAUGGGAGAUACCAACUGUGACGAGACCCUACAAGAAUGGAUUGGGUGAACAGAAAAAGGUUGUGAUACUAGACAAACCAUUCUUGAAAAAGAAGAUGACCAACAGGGAAAAGAAUGAAAAGUUUUACAACUUGGCAAUUGAAUCACUUGGAUUGACGCGAGGUGAUCUAUCAAACUAUCCCCCAAUCGAUUUUGCAGCUUCAACGACACCAAAUAAUAUUUCAAGUGAUUACUUGGCAUCUGCCAAUUUGACCUACAAUGUUUGGCGAUUUGGAGAGAUCAAAUUGUUGAUUCGAUGCAAGAUACAUUCUUUGGUACCCGAUCAAUCUGCUCGACUCAAAGUCAGGUAUGUGGGUAUCAAGACAAAGGUAGAGUAUCAAUCAGAACGGUCGACAAUCGAGGAUAUAUCGCCAUCAGAGACGUCCAAGUGGUGGUCGUACACCUAUAUUCGACCAGACGCACAUCUCUUGUUUGCUCGUGUCAAUGUUUGGAAUCAUAGACUAUUGUCGAUUGAAAAAAAAGACAUGACUCACAUCCUACAUCCAAAGUGUGGAUUCAGUCCUUCCAAAUCAUCAAAGAUUACAAUCGAACUAUUAAGACGAUGUGUUGGGUUGCCAGAAGGUAGACAUUUACUGCUACAUAGACCAACUGAACAUUUUGUUUAUGUUUAUAAAGAAGAAGAGAAUUAUUCAACCGAGGAAAAGAAUGGACAAGAGAAAGAGAAGGGACAAGAAGUGGAUGAUACUAUUUAUGAUUUACAUAAAGAACAUGAUAAACUACCAGUGUUUAAUCCCGACCUACCCAAUAUCACUCUUAUCAAAAUGGUACCUGUUACACCUCCAUUACAAUCAGUAGUUCCACCACCUCCUCAACAACAACAACAACAACCAAUUCAAAUUUGCGUACCAUUUGCAGAGACUGGACAAUGCAAGAAUCCAAAGGCUUGUACAUUCACACAUUUGACAAUGGCACAAAUCAAAGACAAGGGAUUAGAUCAAAUAUUCCAACAACAGCAACAACUCUUUUCAGGAGGUAAACGAAAACAAAACAAACAAAAAAACAAACCAAAAAAGAAAUCUAAAAAGACUGAUAGGAAACAACAACAGAAUCAACAACAAAUGUCAAUGGAUAAUAAUAAUAAUAAUAGUGGUGAUGGUGGAGGACAUUCAGAAUCAGGUGGUGGAAGUGGAGGACAUUUUGCAACCGACACUGGAGAUGAUUUAUCAUACAUUAAUUCUAUUUUAUAA